GUCCCACUCAAGGUGGAGUUUUCUGCCACAUCACAUCUAAUUGCUGCCGCUCCGACGCGCCAGAGCCGAAGCUGAUGUCCUGAAAAGAGCAAGCUGUCAAAUAGGAGGAGGAAGAGGCUGAAAACAAACAGCGGAAGCGAGAUCUGUUUUGCAUUUCGGGACGUUUUCACACCUACUUUGUGCAGAGGUGUCGAGGAACAUGCGUAAAACGCGCAGGUGAAGGAUCAGCUCAUUGAAGUUUGUCGCAGCUGCAACUUUUCGGUCCUGCUUUUUUUUUUUUUUUUUUUUCUUUGCAGAUUCUGGUUUGUUUUCCUUUAAUUGCAUUCGGUUAUAAAUUCAGAAAUUUUGGGGGGAAAUGUCUCGCAAGAAGGCUGUGAAAGGCAAAGCCGCUUCUGGUGGAAGCCCCACCGGGAAAGGGAGCGGGAAAUCUGCGAGGAGCAGCCCGGGGAUUGUGCAAAUAAACGGAGUGGUCCAUCCCAGUAGACCCUCCAUCAGCAACAGCAGCGAGUUUUAUGACAUCGCCUUCAAGGUGAUGUUGGUUGGAGACUCUGGUGUGGGGAAAACCUGUCUUCUGGUUCGUUUUAAGGAUGGAGCUUUCCUGGCUGGGAGCUUCAUCUCCACAGUGGGAAUCGACUUCAGAAAUAAAGUCCUGAACAUUGAUGGAGUCAAGGUCAAGCUUCAGAUCUGGGACACAGCUGGACAGGAGCGCUUUCGCAGUGUCACUCAUGCCUACUACCGUGACGCCCACGCUCUCCUCCUGCUGUACGAUGUCACUAACAAAACAUCCUUUGACAACAUACAGGCAUGGCUGACUGAGAUCCAUGAAUAUGCCCAGCAGGAUGUGGUGCUCAUGCUGCUUGGAAACAAGGCUGAUGCCACACAUGAGCGAGUGGUGAAAAGAGAAGAUGGUGAGAGGCUUGCCAAGGAGUUUGGAGUUCCUUUCAUGGAAACCAGUGCCAGGUCUGGUCUCAAUGUAGAGCUGGCUUUUACUGCUGUGGCCAAAGAGCUCAAGCACAGGUCCAUGAAGGAUCCCAGCGAGAAGUUUAAGCUCCAGGAGUAUGUAAACAAGGAGAUGAAGGGGACUGGCUGCUGCAGGAACUAAAACCUGCUCCAUUCACUAGUGUGUGUGAGUGUGCAUUUAUGUGCAUGGACACUGAGGGCGAAUGUAUCACUCAUCUUCAUACAUUAAGUGUCCUAAAGAUACUCCGUCUGAAUCUGGCCUGUGCUACUGAGAUAAGGAGUCAGCUCCAGCGAGGUAUAAACCCUUUUGUCCUUCUGUUUCUCUGCUUCUGUAAACACCGCCUCCAACUGUUGUCCUGUUCUCAUGUCACUGUUUGUCCUGUUUCUCCUCACCAUCCUCUUUCUGCAGCGGUCAGUGUCUUGGAGGUAUAGUUAAGAGUCAAUCCUUCAGUCCAAACUAUUCAUAGAACUGUGUGAUAACCAUUUGAGCUAAGCGUAGAAUCUGACCCAAAGCAAAAGAUGAGUCAAACCAAACUGAUGCAGUGACAAGAAUCCAUGUCACGUUCAGUCAUUUAUUUCUUAUAUCAGCUUCAAAUGCAAAUCUCAGUUGUCCUUUAGUUGAAUCCAUCUCAUCUUGGUCAAAUUGUGGGUGAACGUUCAUAUAUUACAUGUAAAGUGAUGUGUUUCUGUCUAUGACUAUUGUCAGUAAUUCAACAGGCUCUGCAGAAGCCGGUUUUCCUCACCAGCAUAAACUCAAUCGAAGCUUUUUCAUGAUACAUCUGUAGAUAGCUGGGAAUGUGCAUUUCUUUUUCAUUCUAAGUAAAUGGAUGUUACUAUUUUCUACACAAAGAUAUGACAAACAGAACAACAUUAUUAGACGCAAAUUACUUUGUUUGUGAAUUCGACCUAAAUGCACGUGUUCUGCAGUUUAAAGGACCAGUGUGUAGGAUUUAGUGGCAUCUAGGGGUGAGUUUUUAGAUUGCAUCUAACUCAAUACCCCUUCAAUUCUAAGUGUUUAAAGGAGCUGUUGCAUCAAUGUAAAUAAUCGGUGUUAGUGAGUCUGUUCUGGGCUACUGUCAAAACAUGGCAACCUGCUCCCUAUUUAGAAUUAAAGGUGGGGUAGGAGAUCCUGGAAAAACAGUUCGAGCAAGCUACAUUGUGAAAAUACACACUUUUCUUCAGAUUUCCCCCCAAAGCCAUACCUCCAGAGUACCAGAACACGAAAUGCUUGUUCCCGAGGGUUCACAAGAACUGCGCAGCAUCAAUUGGCAGUUGAGUUUGAUAGACAUAUCAUCAUUCAAUCAUUUCGAUGGGCUGGUUAAAAUGAUUGGAUGGAGUUUUUCAAUCCUGUCCGUUCCACAGGUGACUAAAAUUUUUCAGUUUUGAAUUACAGCCUUUAAUUCAUUGGUUGCAAUCAAGGUGUUAAGGGGAUUUUAAGCAAUAUAGU